UCCUAGUAACGCUUCCUCCAUUCCCCGCUCGAGGUCCGUGAGCCUUCGCGGCUGAGCCAUAGUUCCGGGCCUUGGGGGAAGAUCGGGGCGGAGGUUGGUCAGUGUUUGGGGCGCCCGGCACACAGAUUGCGCGACUGUGGUUUAGUGCCUUCACCAGGAAGCCUGCGAAGAUUGCUGGGAUCUGUUGGGAGCCCGUGCAGAAAGUGACACCACAUGUCCUUGCAUUUCGCGCCUUUGUUCUUAGCUCCCUAGCCUCUGCGAGACGAAGCUGCCGCGAGCCCUCCUGCAGCAGGCAGUUUGGAGCAUGUGAACACACUCUGAGUCUUGAUGAGUUCCAGUAUGUGGUAUAUUAUGCAGAGCAUUCAGAGCAAAUACUCUCUCUCAGAGCGCUUAAUCCGAACAAUCGCUGCCAUCCGUUCCUUCCCACAUGAUAAUGUAGAGGACCUCAUCAGAGGGGGAGCAGAUGUGAACUGUACCCAUGGCACACUGAAGCCCCUGCAUUGUGCCUGUAUGGUGUCCGAUGCUGACUGUGUGGAGUUACUCCUGGAAAAAGGAGCUGAGGUUAAUGCCCUUGAUGGUUACAACCGAACAGCCCUUCACUAUGCAGCAGAGAAAGAUGAGGCUUGUGUGGAGGUCCUAUUGGAGUAUGGUGCAAACCCCAACGCAUUGGAUGGCAACAGAGACACUCCACUUCAUUGGGCAGCCUUUAAGAACAAUGCUGAGUGUGUGCGGGCUCUCCUAGAGAGUGGGGCCUCAGUCAAUGCCCUGGAUUACAACAAUGAUACGCCACUCAGCUGGGCUGCCAUGAAGGGAAAUCUUGAGAGCGUCAGCAUCCUUCUUGAUUAUGGUGCAGAGGUCAGAGUCAUCAACCUAAAAGGCCAGACACCCAUCUCCCGCCUGGUGGCUCUAUUAGUCAGGGGACUUGGAACAGAGAAAGAGGACUCCUGCUUUGAGCUCCUCCACAGAGCUGUUGGACACUUUGAAUUAAGGAAAAAUGGCAUCAUGCCACGAGAGGUGGCCAAAGACCAACAGCUAUGUGAAAAACUGACUGUGCUGUGCUCAGCCCCAGGAACUCUAAAAACACUCUCUCGCUAUGCUGUGCGCCGUAGCCUGGGACUCCAGUAUCUGCCAGAUGCAGUGAAGGGCCUCCCACUGCCGGCUUCUUUGAAGGAAUACUUGCUACUUGUAGAAUAACCUGGAGGAGAUCUGUGCACCAUCAUGCAAGUGACUAACUCCGGGUGAGGUACUGCAGUACUCUUUGUCGUGGAAAACAGAAAAGCACUUGUCCCUGUUGUGUGGUUAUUAGAUUUUGAGAUAAACAUGUCACAACAGUAAUCUCCAUAGCCCCUCCUCCCCAUACCAAGCAACCAGCCAAAAAAAAAAAAUUUCCUCACUUUUGUUUGCUGUUUAUUGCUUACUUGGCUUUUUAAAGGAGAGGUUCUCCUUGCCACCCUCCCUUUUAGAAAAUGAAAUCAACUAAAUUUCUCUAGGAAGAUGGAAAGUAUUUAAAUGGUAUACAUGUGGUUUUCCUUUGGGGGCAUGACAUCUGUGAAGAAGGUUAAGAAAAUCACAAUUCUAGCUAACAAUAGUUGUAUCCUAAGGAUGAAGAUAUUCCAUAUGGUGUGAGACAUUCAGAAAGCCUGGCCCCCUUUCCUUUUACUAAAGAAAACAGCAGUUUUUGCUUCUUUUCCAUGGAUAUGCCCCAGGGUUAUAGUAAUUCAGCAAUGUUAUUUCAGAAAGCUAUCUUACUGCUUUCCACAUAGAAGAGAGAGCAUGUUCCAAGCAGUCCUAAGAACUCCUGAGAGUCUUGUACCAUUUUUCUAAUGCAGCACUUCUCUUCCUGAAAGUCAGUUUGUUCUAAUGGGCUUAGCAGGCAUUUCCUGCACCUCAAAGACAUUUCCUCUAGCAAAAGGAUGGGCUGGGCUGCCUUCCCCCUGAGACUUCUUCAUUCCCUAUGGAAAGCUUGUGCUGCUGAAAACCUUUUUGAGUUAUUUUUCUUUCCAUUGUCUUAGAACCUAUAUUUUUUUUAUUGAUCUAUAGAAGACAUUGGUUGAAAGUAGAGUUGAGAAGGGAAUGGGGAAAGAAUAUAGAAGAGCUGCUUUUGAGAUGGGGGUACCAAAAAAAAAACACAAAAACCUGUUUUAGCGAACUAUACUUAGUCAACAAUACUCUUCAUGUUCCUAAACUAGAUCAAGUUGUUAUUGAUCUUUGAUGAUCUGUGUGUGAAUCUGAAAACCUUUUUUUAAGCUAUUUGGGAACUACAAACAAAAUGAAUGGGAUAUGCUGACACAGCUAAUUUGGAGUAUGCUUGCUUUUGUCCAUUUGCUGUUGGUGAUUAUUGCCCAUUAAAAAAAGAAAUAAAUAGUUAUAAACGCAA